UGUAAACUCCACAGAGCAUCCAGACUGUUUUACCAAAGUUGGUACUCCCCCGUGGGUGGAGGAGACAAGAGACGGGUGACGUCAUACAGGAGAAGGGAUAAAGUGCUGUUUCUGCAGCUGUGGGAUGAGAAAAAACUUCUUAGGCGUAUAAAGGAUCUGCUGCCCUGUCCAGCAAAGACACUGCUGACAGGAUCUUUAUUCCUACAGCUCAGCCUUCAGCUCCCUUUACCAAGCUGGGGAAAAAAGAAAAAUAAUCCAGUAAUAAUAGCUGUCAGAAGAUUGGUGUACAAUGCCACAGAACGUCGUUCUCCCAGGACCUGCUCCUUGGGGAUUCAGGCUGACAGGAGGGAUAGAUUUUAACCAGCCUUUGAUCAUAACCAGGAUUACUCCAGGAAGCAAGGCUUCAGAAGCCAAUUUAAGUCCUGGUGAUGUCAUUCUAGCUAUUGAUGGCUAUGGUACAGAGAACAUGACUCAUAAUGAUGCACAAGAGAGAAUUAAAGCAGCAUCACAUCAACUUUGUCUCAAAAUUGAGAGGGCAGAAAGUAGAUUAUGGUCUCCACAAGUUUCAGAAGAUGGCAAAGCUCAUCCCUUUAAAAUAAAUUUGGAAGCUGAUCCACAGGAUACGAACUACUUUGAACACAAGCAUAAUAUUCGUCCCAAACCUUUCAUAGUCUCAGGCCGAAGCAGUGGAGGCAGUACUCCUUCCGGUAUUGAUGGUGGCAGUGGACGUAGUACCCCCUCUUCUGUUAGCACUAUCUGCCCUACUGACUUGAAAGCUGCAGCUAAGAUGGCCCCUAACAUUCCCUUGGAAAUGGAACUUCCUGGUGUCAAGAUUGUACAUGCUCAGUUUAAUACACCUCUGCAGAUGUACUCAGAUGACAAUAUAAUGGAAACACUGCAGGGCCAAGUUUCUACAGCUCUGGGGGAAAAUCCCUCAAUGAGUGAACCAGUACCAACCUCUGUACCUCAAUCUGAUGUGUACAGGAUGCUGCAUGACAAUCCGGAAGGGCCCAGUCAACCACGUCAAUCUGGCUCAUUUAAGGUGCUCCAGGAUUUAGUCUCCGAGGAUUCUGAUGGACGUCCCGUUGGUACCAGGAGCGUGAGAGCACCAGAAACAAAGAUGCCUUCUGGUGCAGGAAGUGUACAAAAAGUGCCAUUGUGUGACAAAUGUGGAAAUGGCAUUGUUGGUACAGUGGUGAAGGCACGUGACAAGUACCGGCACCCAGAAUGCUUUGUGUGCUCUGACUGCAAUACCAACCUAAAACAAAAGGGCUACUUCUUUGUGGAGGGACAAUUAUACUGUGAAACUCAUGCGCGAGCCCGCAUGAGGCCACCAGAGGGAUAUGAAGCAGUUACCGUUUAUCCAAAGUGCUAGUCCUAUGCUAACGGACACACACGCAUGCACACAAAAAGACAUUAUCAGCUUAGAGCCACAAUACAACUGACUGAACUUACUGCCUUAAUCCAAAGUAGCAGAUUUUAAACAUUUUCUUUUGGAGGUGGGAGUGAUGCAGAAGCCUCAUUAGCCAGCAAUAGCAUAUAUACCAGUAACAUUUUGCAAAGUAAUUAUCUUUGAAGCUGCCAGUGUAAUUUAAUGGAGUAUAAGGCAGCAACUCCUAUAACUCAAUCCC